AUGUAUGAUGCCCGGGGCCUGACCCAAGAGAUCCUGGAGAUUCGGCCUCCAUGCCUGCAGGUCCUCGUGCCCAACAGCGUCGUGGUGUACUUGACACAGUAUGGCCUGUCCUCCGCGGGGGGCAACCUGGUGCUCCUGUACAGGGACACAGUCCUCAAAAACAUAAAGGUGGAAGGUCAUGAAGAAUACGUGAGGUUUGACCUCGAAGUGCAUACUACUGGGAUAAUCAACGUCGUGAUUAUUCCUGAACAAACAGAGCCUGCUGAGGAGAUCAGCAGUGUGGCGCCCCUUCCUGUGUUGCCUGCGGCAGCAGCCCAGGAGCUGCACAAGGUGUUUGAGAACACAGUGCAGGCGGCCAAGUCGAUAGUUGUGCGGACAGAGAACGAUACACCGAAGGAUAUUGAACAAAAGCAGUAUUUGCUGGUUGAGGGCCAUGUGCUGUCAGAUGGCCAAGAACAAGCCAUCAGGCACAUGAUGUGGAAGGAGCGCUUCAGGCCUUUUGCUGCCGACCUGGACUUCCUGCUGAACAAUCCUCUGAACGAUGGACCCAGUAGCCCCCGCUACGACAGUGACUCCGAGCACGGCGACGGCAACCUGCAGGUGGCCAUCGCAACGGCGUACAGGGAGCAUAACAACGAUACCGACGACGACAUGAAUGACGGGUUUGCCAGGGACAGGGGAGAACUUGAGUACUUGGAUGACGAAGCUGAAGGCAUGAUGAGGGCCGUGAGCACGGAGGUCUAUGGCCAGGUCCUCAAGGGGAUGCUGAAGUUCCUGAGCGACUGCAACGCCUGGCGGUCCUUCUUCUACGUGAUGAACGAGUGCGCCCACCAGGGCGUGCUCUUCACCGGCCUGUCGGAGGUCGGCAUCCAGGGCCUGUACGACAUGGGGCCCAACGGGGACGGCCAGGGCGGCUCCCAGGAGGCCGAGGCCGAGAUGGAGGCCCUCAUGCGGAUGGGCCUCCAGAUGCGCAGCCUGCGCGAGGGCCUCGGCGCGGGCAGCUGCACCUCAGAUCAAGAGGCCACUACGCCGAUCGAUGCCGGCGGCGUGGCCGGGGGCUACGUCGAGGGCGCCGUGCCGAAGCCCUUCGACUCGGAUCUGUCCCCUAAGGCCGAGCCCUCAGGUACCCCCCUCCGCAGGGGUCCCGCGCCAUUGCUGGCGUCCACGCGCGAGAAAGCGAAAUCACUGAACUCCGGCAUGGCCAGCAAGCGCCAGAAGGCCGGCGCGGCGCCGCCCAAGCCCGGCGCCGGCUGGCAGCCCGUGGCGGACCGCCGGCUGAGCAGGAGCAGCUCCAUGCCGGCGAGGCUGGCAAGGCCCGACGCCGUGGUGCGGAACUUCACCUACGCGGACCUCAAGGACGAUGUCGGCAAGCUGGUGCAGGGCGCCGGCGUGCGCGCCCUGUGGUCCUUCCCCACGCCCCGCUACUCCGCCGACUCGCUGGGAAUCGUGCGCUACCUGCUGCGCGUGGACGGCGUGUCGUUCUCGGCCCGCCUGGCGAUGAUGCUGGUGUGCUCGUGGCUGUGCCUGGUGGGCGGGUCGUCGGACACGGGGCUCAACACGGGCGCUUUCUGCCUGGGCCUGUCCGGUCUGGUCGUGGGGGCGCCCGUCUUUGUAUCGUUCAUGAGCAGGUAUCGCAACCUGCUGGUGGUAGCGUCCAGGCUUGCUGCGCUGGUGGUGCUCAUGCUGAACUCGGCUGGCGUCUGGGACUGCCCAUGUUUGCCAUCCGGCCGAGAGGGGCACUGCCUGGGGGGCAUGCUUCAGUCCGUGGUGUGGCUGAUGUUCAUGUCGACUGGGUUCAAGGCUCACCUCUGGAUCCACUUGGUCUUCCUGGCUGUGGAAGCUGGUGCCUUCAUGCUUGCUGUUUCCCAGGGCACUGGGGUAUGCCAUUCCAGCCGCUGGGUCGUUGCUGGGCCCGUCUUGCUUGGGGAGGUCUACUCUGUGGCAUCCCUUGCUUGGCGUGACCAGCAACUGUUGACUGAAAAGGAGGACUAG